CGAGCAUUUACUCUAGCGAUCCUCUUUCUUUUUGUUGUCAUUGUCUCCCCGCCUCCGGCCGCUGCCCAACGACGCUGUAUCGGCGGCCUCAACUCGACGCUUCACACUCGGAACGACUUCUCAAUUUGAUGGCGACGACCGACGCAAUAUCUCCAGAGCAGGACCGUCAAGGUCAACGCAGGAGACCAUUCUCAACAUGGGUAAAGAAGUUUACCAACUUCAAAUCUGAUGGUGAACGCCAAAAGAGACAAAAGAAGCGCAGUCACAAGAAAAACAACCCAUAUCCAGAAUCUGGUCAGAUCGGCAAUGGUGUCACCAACGGGACGAGUGCAUGCACAUUCACCACCACUACGGGCACAAGUAACACCAGCGCGAACCAAUCCGCCCGAACAUCCCGAGAAGACCAGAACCCACCAACAAUUGGAGGCAGGAGUUGUGCUGGCACCGUCUUGACCGACCACGAAGCCUCACGUUCGCUUAUGGCUCCAAGCCAUAGAGCAAGCUCUGUCGCUGGCACAAGUCGUACCAUCGGCGGAGGAGUCGAUUCCAGGAGGGGGGGAGACAGCACAUUUUCAAGUCCAGCGCCAUCUGUCCGAUCUUUGACCACAACUUUGACGACGAUUCAGUCCAUGGCACCCAACGGCCCAGGGCAGCCUCAUCAUCAUACCUCGCAAAACCAAGGAACCUCGCAGUCUAUUCAGUUCAGCCAACCCUUUCCCACUACGGGGGCGCCUGCAUCUGCCAUCCCAGCUCAUCUGGCUCCUAGUGGCAAUCCAACUACCUACACCUCUGCGACGGCCAACAAUCUCUUGACCGACAAUGCAUCCAUCCUCACGUUGGCGUCAUCAAGCAAGCGCCGGCGCCGACGUUCUCUGGAUACCGAUGCGUCCGUCCGUGCUCUCGCACCCUCAUCUCUUUGGGGUGGCAGUCGUGAAAGUCUACCUCUUAGCGUUCUUAGCGCAAAUAUUGACCCAAUGGGCAUGCCACCUACUCCUGGUAUUCACGGUAACCCUCGGUUAGGAACCGAGCGAACGAGCAUAUACUCGGCCACGGGCGUUGGACCUGCCAUUUCGGGCGAUCGCAACAGUUACUAUGCCAAACAAGGAGACGCUGCCAGUGUUCGGAGUGGAUUGCUUGGUCAUGGGCGGGCUGAGAGCGUGAGCGGUAGUAUUGGUGGUCUGAGCAGCCCGUUGGCUACUCCUCGUGAGGUGUACAAUGAGAAUGUCGAAUAUGAAAAAGAGGAACGAGAGAUUACCCCUAUGGCUUCCAGGACUAAGGAGGGAUGA